CAUGCUGCCCCGCUGUGCACUCAGUGUGUGUCAUGUGCUUAUGUUGGUGCUGUGUCUGUCUUCGGCUGAGGACUUCGACUGGACAAAGAACGACCACGGCUCCUUCUAUUAUGGCACUUUUCCAGCUGGUAAACUCAGCUUUGGUCUUAUUGUUACGAUUAAGUAACAGUUGAUUGCAUUUCUAAAACCUGGUCACGUAACCGAGGGUCAAAUGGUUGUUUCUAAUGAUUACUUCUUUUUGUAGGAUUUUCGUGGGGUGCCGGCAGUUCAGCCUAUCAAACAGAAGGAGCCUGGGACAAAGAUGGAAAAGGACUGAGCAUCUGGGAUGUAUUCAGUCACAAGAAGGGAAAAAUCCUACAAAAUGACACUGGGGACUCAUCGUGCGAGGGCUACCACAAAUUUAGAGUGGGUCACCAGGUGUUGAGAUUUAUGUGCAAGACAGAAUUUGAUCAAAAGUCAUGAAAUAUUUCACUUCCAUGUGUGUGUAUGUGUGUUUCAUACAGGAUGAUGUUUCAUUGAUAAAGGAGCUGAAGCUUAACCAUUAUCGCUUCUCCAUAUCCUGGCCCAGACUCAUUCCCACAGGCAUAAAGUGUGAGUAACUGCUGCUAAUUCAAGCAUUUUGGCACUGAACUGUGAUCGACUUGAUGACAACUGCAGAUAAUGAUUCAUUCUCAUCAUUUUUAUGCCACCUGCAGCGGACCAUGUAAAUGAAAGGGGAAUACAGUACUAUGAUGAACUGAUUGACCACCUGCUGGAGAACAAGAUAACUCCCAUUGUGACCCUGUAUCACUGGGAUCUUCCACAGGUUCACAUUAAAAAAAAACCUUGACUUAUGCACUGAGUAACUAUUCUUUACAGAGUUAGUAAAUUUUGUUUGUUUCUUUAGGUCUUACAAGAGAAACACGGUGGAUGGCAGAAUAUAAGCAUGGUCAAUUACUUCAAUGAAUUUGCCAACCUGUGCUUUGAAAGAUUUGGCAACAGAGUCAAGUACUGGAUCACUUUCAACAACCCAUGGGUAGGUGCAGAAAAGAUGAUGAUUUGAAUGAUUAUGCAUCUGUGUUUGACUUUAAGUGCUAAUGCAACACUAACACACCAUAACCUUUUAUAAAUUCCAGUCCAUAGCAGUUGAGGGUUAUGAGACUGGUGAGCAUGCACCUGGACUGAAGCUGAAAGGAACAGGGGCGUACAAAGCUGCACAUCACAUAAUCAAGGUAAGGGCGUGAGCACAGACACAGAGUGAUCAGACCCAGCUGUUGAUCUGCUGCUGAGAAGAAACGCUUGAAUCAUAUCAAAACGUCUUUUUUUUUUACAGGCGCAUGCAAGAGUUUGGCACACUUAUGAUACUCAAUGGAGAGCAAAACAGAAAGGUAAAUUUGUGAGAGCGGCAUAUAGACCUGAUGACUAUGUCUGUCAACACUAUGGCUGCCUAAGUGUUGAGAACUACUGCUUACAUCUACAGGUCAAGUUGGUAUCUCUCUAUCUGGAGACUGGGGUGAGCCUGUGGACAUCAGCAACCAGAAGGACAUAGAAGCAGCUGAGAGAUAUGUCCAGUUCUACCUGGGCUGGUUUGCCACACCUAUAUUUCAUGGAGACUACCCUCAAGUGAUGAAAGACUUCAUUGGUGAGCUUUACUUUUAACAGUAAAUACAGAUGUUGAAUUGGUCAGCGUGGAUUUAACUUAUUAUUGCUCAUGACCAAAUGUCCAGGAAGGAAAAGUGUCCAACAGGGCCUGGGCUCAUCUCGCCUGCCGACAUUUUCCCCACAAGAGAAGAGCUACAUCAAGGGCACCUGUGACUUCCUUGGCCUCGGUCAUUUCACCACCCGCUACAUCACUCAGAAGAACUACCCAUCGGCUCGUAGCAGCAGUUACUUCACAGACCGGGAUCUAGCUGAGUUGGUUGACCCGCGAUGGCCUGAUCCUGGGUCUGAGUGGCUCUACUCUGUGCCUUGGGGUUUCAGACGUCUGCUCAACUUUGUCAAGGUAACUUAUAGAGAUUUAAAUUGAUUUUACAGCACCAUAACCGCAGUUCAAUUACGCUAUUAAGACUUACUACAUGUCACGCUUGUUUGACUCUCAUCUAGACUCAGUAUGGAAACCCAGUGGUUUAUGUAACUGAGAAUGGGGUCUCUGAGAAGAUGCUGUGUACAGAGCUGUGUGAUGACUGGAGGAUACAGUAUUAUAAAGACUACAUCAAUGAGAUGCUAAAAGGUGAAUUAACUGAGACGAGUCAAAGUUAUCCAUCUCUACUUUGAUCAAACUCCAGCUCAUCUCUGUUGUGUGUGUUACUCAGCUAUCAAAGAUGGAGUCAAUGUGAAGGGCUACACUGCUUGGUCCCUGAUGGAUAAGUUUGAGUGGGAUGAAGGCUACUCUGAGAGGUUUGGUCUGUACUAUGUGGACUUCAGGAACAAAAACAAGCCUCGCUACCCAAAAGCCUCUGUUCAGUUUUACAAACGAGUCAUCAGCUCCAAUGGAUUUCCCAAUCAGAGAGAGGUAAGAGAAAAAAAAUACAGAAAUUCAAAAAACAGAGAGUAAACUUUUUACGGUAACAAUAAAUAUUGUUUUUAAACCCUUCAGGUUGAGAACUGGAGGAGAAAGGCCACAGAAACCUGUUCUUCCAGUAACCAGCUCCUCGCUGCAGGUCAGUUUGUCUCCAACUUUCCCGACAUUACUUAUCAGUGAUCAGGAGUUCAAAACUAGCUGGGGUAAACAAAUAAAGAUUCUGACCUAUCAAAAGAGCUUUUUUUUUCUUUUUCUGAAACAUGAUCAAAAUCACAAUUUGACUGAAACGCAUGCUUAAAGCACUUAAGAAAAAAUAAAUCAAAUUACAAGUACCAUAAGAACGAUGGAAAACAUAACUUACAAAACCUCUAACGGAGAGAUAUCUUCUUUGUUUGCCCCUCCAGCUAGAAGAAAAUCCAAGGAACAUGCAGAAAUGGCAAAGGUUUGGCCAGUGCAUGACGAAGUGUAGAAUUUAAGGGUAUAUGUCUCCCAUUAAUGUCAUUUUUGUUGUUGCUUCAUGACUUUGCAUUUUAAAACCAGAAUAACAGAGUUAAGCUUUGCAGUUUCACACCAUGACGAGCAUUUGAAAAACAAGCUUUAUUACCUCUGCAGUGUGCAGCCAAGUCUUUAAGUUUUACUAAUGUGCUUCUAACUUACAGUAAGAGCAGCCCUUCUUGUUUUCAAAGCAGCUUUGCCAUAAAGAUAGCCAGCAUGAAGCUCGUCUGUGCCAAAGGGGUAUUUCAAAAAGCAGGAGCACAUAGAAUAAACAGUAGCAGUAAACCAUGUGGUGGAUCUAAAUUUUAAGAAAAAAAAUAAUAAUACUUGUGCUUAAGCAACAUGUUAUGCUUUUUAUGGUGAAAAAAUAAGAAAGAACUUGAUUUGAAAAAUAAGAUUUAGAAGUUAUCUGACCACAGUGCAAAUUCUGCUUUCUGAAAUACUUCCCCUCAGCUGCAUUCAGUUCUCAAAGGGUUAAAAUGCCGUUGAUCAACUCUGAGUACUUUCUGUUUUGUUUUGUUAGAGGAACAGCGGAGUACUGCUGCCAAUAUACUAAGACUUAUACAUGGUAAGGAAUCACUCAUGCUCACUUUAAAUAGAGAUAAAGGAUGAUUUGAUCUAGGACAAGAUUAUUAACCCUUUGAGUGCUGUGCUUGAGCAUCAUCAUUUCGCCUCACAUGCAGUGUCUACACUUCCCAGUGAUGCUGCCGAGUUUUCAAUGCCAGCGUGUUUGUCUUUUGUUUGUGUGUGCUUCACAGAUCCCCUGACCAGCCACAUGGAGAUGGUAACUGAGAUCGUUGUUCCAACUGUGUGCACACUUUCCAUUCUUCUGAGCGCUAUCUUCCUCAUGUUCCUGCUGCGGAGGCGGAACUAGAGUGGAGCUCUCAGUCUGCAUGUUUACAGACACACUCAGAACUUAAAUGCACCCUUCAUUUAACCAAUCAUGUGUGAGCGUAGCUACAUUAUUCCAACCUAAUUUUAAGGGAAUUUAUGAAUUCCUUUUUUUGAUGUGUAUACAGUUUUUGCUGUAAAAACAUUGGUUUAGCCUAUUAUAAUGAAAUUAGUAUCAUAUGAGCAAAAAGUGUGGAUAGCCCUACAACAUGUUGGAUUUUCCUAUGAAUUACUGCUGUGGAAUAAUACCAUUGCAAACAGCUUUCUUGAUCU